CUCUGUUCGCGGGCAUUUUGUAUGUCCCGAUUUUGGCUAGAUUUAACAUUUAAUAAUUGUGUGCGUCUUAAUAUUUUUUACAUAAAAAGGAUUUCUAAAUGGUACAAACAACAUGUCCAGUCUUAUUUGUUUGAUCAACUCCUUGUGCGCCGAAUUACGCUCUGACAAACCGGCCACUCGCAACAAAGCUGCCGAGCAGUUGGAGAAUCAUCUUAGCACCUCCAAAAAUGAACUAUUUGCAAAAUUGCAAAAGCAAGACCGGGAUAAUGUUUCCUGGACAACUAUAUUUAACAGUGCUAUAGAUGCGACAAUUAAACAUGCAAUUAAGCUAGAGGAAUGCAAAGAUGGCAAAAAUCAGGCGAUGUUAAAUAAAAAUUACGUUUAUAGCGCCAUCGUUAAUAAGUUAAUUAAUUAUAACUUAGAAGAAUCAGAGCAUCUUUUUACAAAGAGCACGCUGUAUAAUGCAUUCCAGGACGGAUUUAAAAGCCGUGUGGCUGUUCUGUAUUUUAAUGAUUUGUUUUUAAGCAUUUUAGUCCAAGGUCUAUUCAAGUCAUCACAAUAUGUACAGGAAUUGAAAGUCAAUGAAUACAGCCUUAUUUUGUCGUAUCUCUUUGAGACGAAUAAGGGCACUGAUGAUCUGUUUCGGUUUUCCUCCUUGAAGGCUAUCACCAAAACGAUUGAGUUGUCUCACGACCAUGUGCAGAUGAGCGCAGAUGUUAUUGAUUACUUUCCGGAAAUCUACGAAUUUGCAAAUAAGGCUAGCAAGGAUGGACAAAAAGCAGAUGUUAUUAAAUUGUUUUACCUUAUGGUGUCACAGCAUUCUGUUGAUUACCACAACACUAUCUGUAAUGGUCUUCAAAAAAUUCUACCCCUCAUCACUGGGUUUUAUCAAUAUAAUAUGAAGCUAGAAACCAAGGAAAUCCUUUUCAAAUCCGUGCUAAUAUCCCUACAAACAUUAUAUCCUUAUAUGCAACAAGGUGAUACUACCACUAUAAAUAUAACGGUUGAUGUUUCGUGGUCUAAAACUCUGAGAAAACUCAAAACUUUAGUAGAAAUGGAAAUCAAGGAGCGAAAAAGUAGUCAAUAUCAGCUUAGUCGAUCGCAUCAGAAUGAUAAAAGUCUAGAGGCUUUCGUAAAGAUGUCAGCUUUGGUUAUGUACUUGGUUAUUUGGCAGAUGGAGAGUGGAAGUAGCGAAAAUAUGGACGAAGAGCAACCUGUCUCCAAAUCAAAAAUAUCCAGAACGGCAGAUAAACUGGAAGUUAUCUUGGAUUUCGUACAGGCUUUCUCAUCUAAAUACAACGAUAUUUGGUUAUCCAUACUAGCUGAAAUAGCAAAUGAAAUCGAUAACAUCAUAAAUAUAGCUAAUUAUGAGCAAUUACUUAACGCAACUGCAAGCAUAUUGCAACACUACACCAACGCCAAGAAUAUGCGUAGCGUACGUUUUUUACUGACCAAACUUUUGUAUAAAGAAAAAGAAUUCCUUGCGACUAGAUCGAUACCUUGUAACUAUUGUCAAGACGCAUGGCUGAAAGUAGUGCAAUUACUUAUUAGUGAUACAUCCUCAUGUCCUGAUGUAAUUUCGGAGAAGCAAAUAAUUCUUCAGAAACUUAUUGCUCACGAUAAGCUUUCGAUUGACCACUGUUCGACGGUAAUAAGUUCUUUUUUGACCAAUGCUGGUCUGAGACGAUCAGAAUGUGUUGUAACUCUCCAAGAUAUUUUCAAAAAUGCCGACUCCAUUGGUUUAGACAAAACUUCGAUUGUUGUAAGUCAAUGCAUAACUUGGCUCUAUGGCGAUAAGGAUCGAAAUGAGGCAAAAAGUAUUUUGUUAAAUGUGGAGCCAAUUAAUCCAAAUUUAAUUGCCGAAACAUGUGCCAUAGCUGUUAUAAAUUUCUUGAGUGAUAAAACGUUGAGACAAUUUACACCCAAAAAAGUUGAUGUAAAUAACAACCUGCAAUACCUGCGAUUUAAGUACAUACGAAAAUUUUUAUGUUUGGAGUAUCAUGGCCAAAAAUUGAAAUCAUUUUCCAAGGAAUCAAAUGGUGAAGUCGCGGUUUCCUCAAACUGUCUAUUUCAAAAUAACUAUGAAUUUUUGAUGCGCUGCUUGAAUCUUGAUACUACCCAAGGAACCACGUGCAAAGAUAUUUUGGAGGAUUUAACUUCAUUGCAAAAGAUGUCACUGCUGAUGAAGGCGUUGUUGGAAUAUGGAGUCUUUGACGACAAUUCAUUUAUUCAAUGUCCCCUUAUUAAGCGUAUUGGAUUGUUUCUGAGUCAUUUGGAGCUGCAAGUAAAAAAUAAUGCACCAAAUACGAUCGAGCGUGCAACUCUAGGUGAAAUUAUAAAUCUCUUGGAAAAUAUUUUCAUCUGCUUUACGAGCAAUAUAACGCUACUGCAAUAUUUGGAAAGGCAACCUAUAGAGGAAAUGAUCGAGUUUUUAGGUUUAUCGCUGAAGUUGUGUGCAAAGAAUUGCCGAGAUGAAUCCGAUUUCGACGAUUGGGGAGCAGUGUCGAUAAAAAUAUUGUGCCUAUUAGCAAAUUUAUGUGCCAGCUCCAGCCAUUUCAAAGAUGCGUUUGCCCAUAUAUCCAGAUUUAAUUUUAAUAUUAAAACACAAACAUCCAUUAUUUUAGACUUAACUAAGAUAUUCUGUUUGCAAAAAGCAAAAUAUAGGGACGUUGGCAUGUGGUUCGUGAACAAGUUAAAAACAAUAUUUAAAUUGUAUCAUGCAAAUAUAGAAAUAAUGAACAAAAUUUUGGAAAUAAUACCAGCUAUUUUUGUGUACAUUCAGCGCUAUGAUGAUUGUUUGGAUGAUAUGCUGUUGGCCAUGUCGUCCCUUUUUAAAAUUGCUUUCCGCAAAUCAUAUUCCGUUAAAAUUACUGCAAAAAUCAUUACUUGCAUAUGUUAUAUAGUUCGAGACUGCAGCAAUAUUUAUGUUCAAGAAAAUUUUCGUAACUUAUGUCUUUCGGUUGUAAAUUUUUUGCCUUUUGCAUCGCUGGAGGUACAAUAUGCAGCUAUUAACUCGAUAACCGCUUUAAUGGACAUUAAUUGGCUGGGUAGUACAAAAUGCGAUGUUGACUUGUAUUAUGAUUUUUGUGAUAGCAUUUAUGAAACAAUCAAAUGGAAGCAAUUACAAGUGUUUGCAGCGCAGGCGGAAAGCCCGGAUCAAUUGCAAAAUAGCAAGUCCUUGAACGUUCAGUUGUUGGUAGCACUUUUGGCAUUCAGCUGUUUCCAUCGUGAGAAUGCUUUGCAGGAAUUGUCACAUGUUUGUGCUCUCUAUAAAUUCACCGAAGCCGAUCUUAAUGAGCUUCAUCGCAUUGGAGAAUUUUAUGAAACCGACAUAAAAGCGUUGGUGAAACCAAACAUACCAAGUGCCAUACAUUGGUGGAUAUCCAAAUCUUACCCCAUUCUUAAGUUUCCUUUCUUUCUUUGUUUCAAAACCAAAAACGAAUUUGUCGAGGACAACAUGGAAACCAUCAUUACGUGUUUAUUGAUGUACAAUAAAUCAGAGGAGUUGCAAAAACUACAAAAUUAUGGUGAUACACAAAAUCUUUUAAAGACGGCCAUGCCAGUUAUAAAUGCUUUUAUUCUUAUAAAUCAGUGUCCAGAAAGUCACAAUAAUGAAUUGAAAACCUACGUCAAAAAUAUACUCAAAUUGAAAUUGGAUUUUACGAGGGCAAAAAAUGAUACCUAUACCUGGAAGGUUGUUUUCACUUUAUUCGAUGUAUUACGCGAUGAUUCGGACUCAAAAGCAAUUGCAGGAUUCCCUAUUUUUUUCCAAACAACCAAAUGGUAUAACAUUAAUUGCAAAUGUCUCAAGUCCACCCUAAAUGUGUACAUAAAUAAUCGCACUGAUGAUGUCAAACCCGAAGUGCUUUUAAAUUAUGUAACCAAACAUCCCUUAAGGCUGGUGAAAACUUUUGGAGCUCUAAAGAAAAAUUGCAGCUCAUGUAUUUAUCCCAUUGACUCGCUAAAGCAAUUCUAUAAAUUCUAUACGCUAGCCGACAUGGUACUGGAUACGCUCAGCCAUACAAGUAUCCCUGCGAAUUUAAGUUACUAUUUUUUACGUGACAUAUAUUUCUACUGUCUGCAUUGCUUGGAAUCGGCUUCAUUGGAAUGCCUUCGAAAAUUAAUCCUAAACGCAAUAGAGAGAAUUAAUGGAAAACUUUCGAAUUUUAAAAAUAUUAAUAAUUUUAUGGAGAAACAUUUACGUGAUAUUUCUAAAUCACUGUUGUACAUGCAUAAAAUAUCAUUAUGCCAGGAAGAACAGCAAAAGCUAUGUACUAUAUGCGACUAUUUAAUUACGACUUAUAAGGAAGCCAUUGUAGAUAAACAAUAUAUGUUAACAAUUUUCUCAAAUAGUGAGAAGUUUUUAAAUAUCCGCAAAAUCAUCGAAUCCAUAACAGACCACAAGGAGAACGAAGGUGAUAACUGGCAAACAUUUUUGGAAUUAUUUCUCGAAAAUACAAAUUAUUCAUUGGAUACGUUCAAAAUGGUGCAGAAACAUAUUUCACAGUACAAGAGAGAACUGCAAAUGGAAAGUAAUCUACUUUAUCGUUUAGUACGCCAUCUUUUGCAAAUAGUACGACAAACUCAAAACAAUGUUCUUAAUUUGGAGGCCUUAAAAUGUUUGGGAGAAAUAGGCGCACUAAAUCUAAAGUAUAUGGCAUACUAUUUCGAGGCUGAUGAUUUUCCUAUUGAGGAAUCUGAUAAAACGGAUAGGAACAUUGAAGGGUUUUUCCACAGUAUAUAUAAAAUACUAGAAAAAUUAUUGAAUACUUUUAAUGCAUUCACACAUUCGUAUGUCGUUGAGGUGGCCCAAUAUUUAGUGAAUUCAAAAUAUGGCCAAGAUUUAAUAGAUGAGUUCCCAUAUUUUAUUGUAUUCCGUGCAAAUGUCCUUAAAAAUUAUAUGGACACCUAUGACAGCAUACCUCUGGCGGACUGGUUGGGUACACUUAAAUCAUGCGAUGCAUUUGAAUAUGAGCAUUUCGUGUGUGAAUUUGUUUCGAAGAUCUACGCCCAUUGCAAUUGGAAACAAUUUUAUGAUUUAGCCAGCAGUGAUAUUUAUUUCGCCGAACAAUCAAUUAUUCCAUUUAUGCGGCUACUUUUGCAAUGCGACCAAGGUCAGGCUCAUAAGGACAAUGUCAUAGCAAUGUUGGAAUAUUUCUUCGAUAAUUUCCUAGAAGAAGAACCGAAGGGUUCAUACUUGGGAUGGAAUAAAAUUUACAAGGAUAAACGUAUAGUAAAAUUGUUUUUGAAUAUUUGCGAGUGUGUCCGCAUUAAUAACUUGUGGCAUUUACCUUUAAAACUCUUGAAUGUGGUAAGGGCUUGUAAUUAUUGCCAAGCUUAUUUCUUAUCAAUCAUUUACUUGGAAAUGUGGGCUUUGGAAGAAAAGGCCAUGGGUGAAAAAAAGGAUGUAGAGAUUGCAUCGAUGGACCUAUUUCAGGAACUUGCCAGGAAGGCAUAUGAUUCUAUAGGUUGCAAUGAUGCCAUUUCCGGUUUCAUUAAUCCUUUGAAUUCACGCAUGGACUAUUUAAAUCUCACAAACAAUUGGUGGGAUAUUCUAAUUGAAUCAAAUAAUUCUUCAACAUCAAGCAGUGAUUACAACAAUCUAUGCAAUGCCGUUCUUAAAAGAAAUGGUAUGCUCCAUUUAGCCAGUUCCAAUGCAUGUGCGAGCAACAGUAUGGACUAUGAAAUAUGCUGGCGUCUAUGCCGUUGGGAUACCUCCGUCGAAGGGCACUCGAAAGUCAACACUUUAAACGACAUGGAAUACGAAUAUGAGAAGCAUCAUUUCAAUGCCCUUAAAUGUAUGUUCCACAAGGAAGAGAAUAAUACUCUGGCAGCCAUUGAAAAAUCUCGUCAUUGUGUACUGAAUAUACUGAAGGAAGUAAGUGUGGAAUGCUUGCAAAGUCUUUAUAAAUACCUAACAUGGCUACAAUUAUUACAACAGUCUGAAGACUUUUGUUUGGUACAAUUUUCAAAAAGUCCAGACGUCACCCACAUAUUCAAUAAGUGGCAUAUAGAAUCACACGACUUGGAGUAUGGGGUAUUUUCAAACAAAGAGUUGAUAUUGUCACAUCAGAUUUCAUUGUUUCAAACAGCUGGCAUUAGAGCUAAUCGCAAAAUCAAGGAGUUCUACAUGGAUAAUCCUAUUGAGAAAUGCUUGCUAAAAUGCAUACGAGACUGUAAAGCGGCAGGCGAAAUAAACCUCGCUACACGUUAUAUUGCAGUUCUGAAAAACUUAUGCGUCAAUAACGAUAACCCUCAACUGCAGAUUAGUGCACUAAUUGAAGACGUCGAUAUUUGCAUGAGAACUGGAAAAUCUGAGAUGACUAAAUCCAUUUUACAUCAUAUUUUUAUGCAUAAAGAAUACAAGUGUUGUUUGCAGCGCAUCAAGGCCAUGCAGUUAAAUGGAAAAUACUUGAUGGAUACAAAUGCAGAGAUGUUUGAAACUGUGUUGAAGAAAUAUUUCAUGGGUUCUUUGGAUUUGCUAGAUAAAUAUGAUAAGUCAAAGGGGACAAUUCUGCAACGAUACCCAAAUUUAUUUACUUUGGAAGAAUUUAAGGACUGUCAACAAGAGAGCAAAAGAAAUGCUUACGAGAUAAUAGCCAAAUAUUCAGAUAGAGAAUACAACCAAUUAAAUCUCUAUGCCAAUUCCGACCAAUUUAAAAUGAAGCGUAAAAUAAUGGAAUUCAAUAAACAAGCAGCCCAAGCUAUUCAAACGGGUAAUCCUAGGAUUCAAGACCGCGACAAACACAUUUGUGCCAAUUUUAUGAAGAGAACUUCCAAUAUGGAUGAGCAGGAAAUAACGUUAAUCGAACAAAAACUCACAUUUUAUCUAUGCACUGCGGUGGAAAAUUAUUUGAAAUUCGUCUGUUUGGAUAUGGUCAUAUCAAGUCCAGUAAUAUAUCGAAUUAUUGGCUUGUGGUUUGCGAAUAAACAAAAUGAUACCCUACGAGCGACAAUUCAGAAUAAUGUGACUGAUGUACCUAGCUAUAAAUUUAUUUGCGCUCUCAAUCAAAUGACAGCCCGUUUAAAUUCCAAAAAUGUAGAGUUCAUUAAAAUUCUUAAGGAGAUCAUGGUGCGAUGUACUGUUGAACAUCCACACCAGACUCUGUAUCAAUUAUACCCCAUUGUGUAUGGUCAUAUAGAUGGAACUCAGAAUAAGACCGAUUAUCGCUCGAAAAUGGCUCAGGAGAUUAUUGCCAGAGCCAAAUCUAAAAUAAAUGCGAAUAUCGUCAAACAAUUGGAAUCCGCAAUACCUGCAUUGAUUGACUUUGCUAAUACAGAAAUUAAGGAUCAUAAACUUACUACCAUUGCUUUAAGUGAGAAAUUAAAGCGUUUGAAAAAUCUCAAUGCCAUUCACUGCCCUACCAUUGAUUUGCCAGUGAGAAUUGAUCAGAAUUACAAUGUAAUAAGCAUUGUUAAAUGGGAAUCCCAAGUUGGCUUAGUUGGCGGUAUAAACGCACCAAAAAAAUUAGCAUGCGUCUGUUCAGAUGGUAUUACUCGUCCCCAGUUAUUGAAAGGAAAAGAUGAUCUCCGUCAAGAUGCUGUAAUGCAACAGGUUUUCUGCAUGAUAAAUAACUUACUUAAGCAAGAGCCUGAAGCAGUGCAGCGGAAACUUCUUAUCCGCACCUAUAAGGUGGUGCCACUUUCGACGCGAAGCGGUAUAUUAGAGUGGUGCCAAAAUACUGUACCGUUAGGCGUUUAUUUAAUGGGUGCUCAUCAAAAAUACCGCCCAAAUGAUUUUCCCGUAUCCAGGUGUAGGAAAAUGGCUAUGGACAAUCUUAAAUCUGUUGCAGAAAAACGUUACGAAACCCAUUUGCAUAUUUGUGAGAAAAUUAAACCCGUAUUUCAUUACUUCUUCUUCGAAAAGUUUUUAAGACCUGGCAUAUGGUUUGAACGUCGAUUGGCUUAUAUUAACAGUGUCGCUACAACUUCAAUGGUUGGCUAUAUUUUGGGCCUAGGGGAUCGCCAUACACAAAAUAUUUUAAUUGAUCAAAAAACUGCAGAAGUAAUACACAUCGAUUUUGGAAUUGCAUUUGAACAGGGAAAAGUAAUGCCUACGCCAGAGACUGUACCUUUUCGUUUAACUCGGGAUAUACUAGCGCCAAUGGGAAUAAGUGGAUCGAAUGGAGUUUUUAAGAAAUCAUGUGAAACAACAAUAAGCAUUUUAAGGCGACACCAGGAUGUUAUAACAACUAUUUUGGAAGUAUUGCUCUACGAUCCAUUGUAUAUAUGGAAAGUCGUGCCACAAGUGGCUGAUGAUAACGACAAUAGCGCAAAUGAAGAGAAAAACUACAUUGCCCAACGUGCCCUUAUUGUAGUUCAGAAUAAAUUAGAAGGAAAACAAAAUGCAAUUUUUGGAACAUCAAGUGUGGCUGUACAGGUGGAACGUUUAAUCAAUGAUGCUGUUAAUGUUCGUAAUUUAUGUAUGUUAUACCCGGGCUGGGACCCAUAUUUGUAAGAUGUUUUAAUGUGAACUUAGCUCUUGUGUUUGUAUACCCAGUGUUAUAUCAAUUAUGAAGAAAAUUGUUUUUGUUUAGUAAAUAAUAAAGAAUAUUCCAUUUUUUUAA